AAAGGAGGCAAGAAUAUUUAAGCUAGAGUAUUAUUCUGGUUUUCCUACAUUCGGCUCUGUCGGUCUGUCAGAAACAAAUCAAAAACGAUGUUUGUGAAAGCUUUUUUGUGUUGUUGAACAGAUAUUUUGGAUAUAAGGGUGGGUAAUUGUUGGAAACAAAUAUUGCCUACUUCUGUCUAAGAAAACCCAGGAACCAAAUCCAGGUUUUGCCGGCAAAGCAUGGCAACCGGAACGACGGCGGAUCUAAAGAGAGUCACAAUUCUGGUAUCCGGCCUAGACCCUGACGCCACGGAAUCAUCUUCCGACGAAGCAGAUCAAGAAACGCAAAUCAAUCGGCCCAAAAGCUCAGUUUUCGAAGGGUUUAUCCGCCGGACGGCCGCACCGGAGAAUCCAUCGCUGUUAACUGGGAAACAAGCGCCAUUGGCCGAGUCCAUGGAGAGCCUAGUUUCGGAUCCGGGUACGGGUACUGGCCAGUUAUCAAGAAAAUCGUACCCUGGCGUCAGGAAGAGAAAGAAUGGGAGGUGGUGCGCGAGGAUAAAGAAUCCGUUUAACCGGCGGUGGCUAUGGCUGGGCACAUUCAAUUCCGAGGAGGCGGCCGCCGCCGCUUACCGCUCCAAGAACAUGAAAUUCGAGUUAGCCAAAAAACGAAAGGAAGAGCAGAAGAAGAAGACGAAGACUCUGCCUUUGAAUAGCGAUGAUAAUGUCUCUCUGGGCACAUUCGGAACUUCCGAGGUAUCUCACGAUCAAGAAUCUGUUGAUGUUCAGAUAAGCUCAGAUUCCUUGUCAAGUAAUUGGGACAUAAUUGGAGAAGAAGGGGAUGCAGAUAUGUGGAUGGGGAAGUGGGUCCCAAUGCCUGAUGGCAGAGAAGUCAUUUAUUCUGUGAAAUAUGGAGUCCCCAUAAUUGAUAACUAUGGAUAUCUGCUGGGUGAAUUUAGUAAAUUGGAUGAUGAUCUUUGGAUCUGCAACCCUGAAGAAGAGGAUGCCUACCAAGCUAGUUGCCAUGUUUAGUCAUUUUUUUUCUGGAUGAAAUUUAGUCAUUUUCUUUUGGCCAUAUCUCUUGGGCAUUAAAGGCCUUGCAAAAAUAGCCAAAUUCUUUGCGAAUAUACCUGACAUUUCCGAG